GUGUGUGUGUCUGUCUGUCUCUGCCUUCCUUCCUUCCUUCCUUCCUUCAUUCCUGAGGAAGCUAGAAGGUGUUGCGUCCACUGGAGCUUAAGGUACAUGUAGUUGUGUUCUAGGAUCACCUGGGUGCUGGGAUCAGAACUCUGGUGCUCUAGAAAAGCAGCAGUUAUCCUUAGCUGCUGAGACACACUUCAGUCCCCGUCAAUUGUACCGUUUUAAACUAGGGCAGUGUCAGACUAUAGAAUUCUGUCUGCCUUUUUAAGAUUGGAGAUUGCACUGGGUGUGCAGGUACAUUUACAGAGCGAGUUCCAGGACAGCCAGAGCUAAACAGAAAAGCCCUGUCUUGGAAGACAAAUGUAAAAGGCAACUGAGGGGCUGGAGCAUGUUGAAGCCCUUGGUACUCUUGUACCGGACCUGGGUCUGAGUCCCAGCACUUACAUGACAGCUUGCAAUAGUCUAAUUCCUAUAGGCCGCCUGCAUGCUUAUGGUGUACGCACAUAUACUCAGGAACACCCACAAAAUUAAAUAUUUUGAAAAAUUUAUACACCUUAAAAGAAUGUUUCUCACCAGACUGUAGUGGCACACAUCUUUAAUCCCAGCACUUGGGAGACAAUGAGUUUGAGGCCAGCCUGGUCUACAGAGCAAGUUCCAGGACAGCCAGGACUACCGUGCAGAGGAACCUGUAUAGCGGGACUAUCUCGGACCCACCAACGAUAUAAAUAACACAGAGGCAUAUUAAUAUUUUAAAGCUCCAUCCUUUUGCUGAGCAGUCUCCUGACUAACCUGACUACUCCUGGCAUUAUUUCCUGCUGUGUGGCCAGAUCUACAUCUUAUGCUCAACUCUGGUCCCUCUGUUUACGUCCAUGUGUGCUAGCUGCCUGAAAGAUCCACCUUCCGCUUCCUGCCCAGCUAUUGACAGUUGGUUGGUUUGGUUUGGUUUUGACUUUUCGAGACAAGAGACAAGGCUUUUCUAUAUAGCCUUGGUUGUGCUGGAAUUUCUUUUGUAGACCAAGCUGGUCUUGAACUCAGAGACAUCUAAAUUCAAGCUUCAGUCUCUGGAGGCCUGGGAUUAAAGACUCUUCAGUGGGAAGACUAGCUGACUGCACGUUGGGCUUUGGCCAUGGAAGCUCACCUUGAAGAUGUGGAAUCAUCUGCUGGUCCAUCUAGAUACACACCUGUGGAGGAUGAUGAUGUCGUAUUUAUUGAAUCAAUACAGCCUGCAGUUUGUGCUCCAGCUAUACCUAAUGAAAGAAACUUUGUAUUUGCUCCGUCAGAACAUGAAGCUGCACAAGGAACUGAUUCCACAACUCCCCCUUCUUCGAGAGAUUUGACUUCUCAGAAGGGAAAUAUAUGUGAAACAAUUGUAAUUGAUGACGAAGGGGACACUGACACAAAUGGAGGGGAGGAGAACAAUCCUACCGAUUUUAUUCAAUGGGGACCUCAUGGAAAUAAAAAUAGUAUCAAAAAUGUGGAUUUCCACAUUGCCAGUGUAUCAAGAAGCAAGACCAAGACUGCAGUAGGACCUUUUAAUCCCGGUAGGAUUGAUGUCACAGAUGCAUUUCAGAAUGGAAGAUUUGCAGUUCAUCACAAUCCUGAUUCUUGGAUCUCCCAGUCAGCAUCAUUUCCUCGUAACCAGAAACAACAAAAGGUGGAUUCUUUAUCACCAGUGGCCUCACUUCCUAAACAGAUAUUCCAGCCCUCAAACCAACAACAUCUUACUAAACCUGCUAAUAAAAUUACUUGUGCAAACUGCAAAAAUCCUUUACAGAAGGGGCAGACAGCUUAUCAACGAAAAGGAUCAGCUCACCUCUUUUGUUCAACCACCUGCCUUUCUUCUUUCUCCCAUAAGCGUACUCGAAAGACACGGAAUGUAGUGUGUAAAAAAGAUUCUCCUGUAAGAACCACAACUGUUAUUCCUCCAGUGGAGUCAAGCAAGUCCUUACAAGAAUUUUAUAGUGCAUCUCUAUCGCCCUAUGAAAACUGCCAGAGUCUUAGGAAAGAAGUUUUUACUAAGUCAAGAUGUAUAAUCUGUAAUAAAUUAGGAGAGGUUCGCCAUGAAAUCAGUGUUAACAGUAUAACACAUAAACUGUGCAGUAACAAUUGCUUUAAUGAAUACAGAUUGACGAAUGGUCUAAUAAUGAACUGCUGUGAACAGUGUAGCAAGUAUUUGCCCAAGAGUACUGGACAUAGCAUUCUGAUUACAGGUCAGCAAAAGAGAUUCUGCUGCCAGAAUUGUGCAGACGAAUAUAAAGAGAUAAUGGAAGCAAAAUCAAAAAUACUGCUUUUACAAAACAGAAAAAGGAAUGCUAUCAGAGAAGAAAAUGAAAAAAAAUUACAUGAAUCAUCAAGUACACUUUCAGGAAACACAGGAGAAAUACCAGAAAAAAAGGAAAAGAUUUCAGAGAUAAUAAAAGUUGCAGCAGACUGUAGCCCAGAUACAUCAUCAGAGGAACAAAAUGUGAAUUUACCUUGUUCUGUGGCAGCAGUAUCCGAUACAUUUCAAGAGCAACUAGGAGACAAAAAUUCAGAGGAAUUUGAUAUGUCCAUUGUACUUUCUUUGGAUCCAGGUUCAUGGCCCCGAGUUUUGAGUAUGAAAGAACGUGAAUUUCUUGUCAAAAACGAUCCACCUCAAGUAAGAAAUUUUAAUUUUCCAAAAGACAGUGCAGGCAAGAAGUUUUCAGAAACAUAUUACACACGAAUUCUUCCAAAUGGUGAGAAGGGCACCAGACCCUGGCUGCUCUAUUCCACCUCUAAGGACUCUGUGUUCUGCCUGUAUUGCAGACUCUUUGGGGAAGGAAAAAAUCAACUGAGAAAUGAGAAUGGGUGCAAAGAUUGGCAUCAUUUGUCACAUCUUCUUAGUAAACACGAAGAAAGUGAAAUGCACAUCAGCAAUAGUGUUAAGUAUUCAAAAUUAAAAUCUAACUUGGAAAAUAAAACCAAUGAAGCUACAGAAGGUGAGGAAGAUUGUGUGCAACUAUUGUACACAUAAUGUCCUGUCUGCUCUACAUAUGACAGUGUCUACAUUACUUGGACACUGCCAUAGAAAGUUUUGUACCAUACACUGUGUAAGAGGAACUUACAGAAGUUCAUUAGCAAUAUGCCUAAUAGCAAAUAAAUAGUAAAAAUAUUCCUGUUCUAAAUCUAAAAGCAAUUGGCAAGAGUGUAGUCAUUCUUGUAGAUUUUAGCAAAGGCAGUUUGAGCUUUGUCACUAUGAGGGUUCUCACCUUGUAAAGUGUUGUUGGAGGACUUCCACUUAAUGGCCUAAGAGCAAGAAAAGGCAAGAUGGCAUGUGUGACAAGCUAAAGCAAAUAUAUUCAGGUGGUGAUGCACGCUUUUAAUCUCAGCACUCAGACACAGAGAGUUAGAUAACUGUGAGCUCUAGGCCAGCCUGGUCUACAGAGCAAGUCCCAGGACAGCCAAAGUACACAAAAACCCUGUCUUGAAAAACCAAAAAGAAGGAAAAAAAAAAAAAGAAAGUGCAUUCAAACAGCAUAAGAAGCUACGGCUGUUUGCUAUUAAACCAAAUUCUUGAAUUUUAUUUCUUUGAAACUUUUUUUAUUUGAGCAUAACAGUUUAUUUGUUGUGGUAAAUAGAGGUAAUUUGUGUUUUAUUGGUUUUAUAUUUUUGUUUUCAACUUAAUGUGUAAAUGUUUUAGUUUUGUUAUGAGAAUUAUAGAGACUAUAUAGCUGUUAUAUUAGUAUAAAUAUAAGAAACAUUAAAAUUAACAUUAAAAUGUGGUAUGUAUAUAUGUAUGUAUACAUAUAUAUUUAUGUAUAUAUAGUUAAUUUUCAGUGUUAUGUUAAUUUUUCCUGUGAAAGUAUACUCCAUGUGUGAAAUUUGAGAAACUAUAAAUCUAAAAAAAUUUUUCUUUAGACUUAAUUCAUUUUUGUUUUCUUGUAUAAAAGCCUUUACUUAUAUGGAUUUGGGAAUAGUGACACUCUGAAUUCAAAGCCAGCCUGGUCUACAGAGCGAGUUUCAGGACAACUGAGGCUACAUAAUCUCAAAAAACAAACAAACAAACAAAAAACAAAGAAAAAAACGUGUGGUAGCUACAACUGGAGCUUGGGUUUUCUGGAUGAAGAUUCUCUUGUGGGUUUUCACAAGAUUGUCGGUGAAUUCCUGGAAAGGAAACUUAGUGAAGACAGUCUCUUUCUGGAGGCUGGGGCCAAGUAUCUAUAGGUGUUAGGGUGGCCUCAACACAGUUGCCAAUGGUGGCAGGGCAACCCGUGGCUGAUGGGUAGCAGUCAUCAGUACUGGCUGGCCAUCAGCACUAGCUUCUUGGGACGGGAGCAGGCAUGAUACCACUGUCUGUGGGGACAGGGAAGAGAUUUGCCAACACAGAGGCACAGUCACCUGGUACCUUGCAUAGAACUAUGGCACUUGCCAAUCUUGUUUCUCCAGUAGCCUCUUCACACAGAGAGGAUGGAAAGCUUGGCCAAGAUGAUGGUGGCCUUUGGAUGGCAGUGGCUACCUUCUUGGAGCACGUAACGCCAAGACCAACGUGACCAUUGAAGUCCCCAAAAGCCUUUACCUGGACUGAUGGCCAGCCCCCGUCUGCUCCUGCACUGGCAUAGUCUUUAGAGCCUCAUCCUUCAGGGAUGUACCCAGGAAAAAGUCAAUAAUCUCAGACUCCUAACGUGCUGGGAGAACAGGUAGGUCUCUUCCAGGGGCUUGAUCUUUGUAUCCUUGACUAGGCAGUCCAGCUUGUCCCUGGCCUACCUCCAAGAGCACUGCAGCCAUGACCACUUCUGCAACUCCCUGGGCCUCCAGGCCCUCCAAGUGUACCAGCUUCAUUGGCCAUUUGGCAUUUUCCCAAAGAAGAAGCAAAUCUAAAAGGUUUUGAUGGCUAUCUAUGGUCCUGAUCAUGAAUUUGAUACUUUUAUUUUUUGCUUCUGAUUUCUGAUGUUAAUUUUAUCAUCUGUUAAAUUCUUAGGAUAUGUGAGUUUUGUUUUGUUUUGUUUUUUUCUUCCCCUCUUUGGGGCUUUUUUUUGCAAAACAGUGUCAUUAACAAUGACCUAAGGAGAUGCUUCCUUCUGCAUGGGAGCACUUGAGGUUCAGUCAUGUUGCUCUGUGACAGCAUUUUCUAAAAUACCCACUAAACCAUUCUGGGUAAAUUAUACCUUUCCAGGCAGAGGAUGUAGUUUGGCUAGUAGAAUGCUUGCAUCACACACAAUAAACUGGGUUUGAUCUGCAGACUGCAUUAGCCAUGUGGCAGCCGACCUGCAAUCAUAGCACUCAGAUGGUAGACGCAAACAGCAAGUGGGAAGCCACCCUUGGGUUUAUGAAACCCUGUCUCCAAAAGAAAGUUGCUUUUAAUCAUUUAGGCUUGGAUCUAAGUGAGUCAUGGUGGCUGUCAGCUGUAAUCUCAGCACUAGGGAAGUUGAGGCAGGAGGAUUGUUAACAAUUCAAGGCCAACCUAGGAUACAUAAUGAGUUCUAGGCCAGCCUGAGCUAUAACGUGCAAUUCUCAUAGAGAGAUAGAAACUGGCUGAUUUUAAUGUAAGUACAGCUUUGUGAUGUCUCCAAAAUGUCACUUUACACUCCGAGGUCUAUGAGACUACUUUAGAAAAUAUAACACUUUUUAGUUUUAUGUGUAGUGUUUUGCCUGUAUGUUUGUUAAAUGUACCAUGUGUGCACUUGGUGCCCGAAGAGGAUAUUACAUCUGAAACUGAAGUUACAGCUAGGAACCAAGCCUGGAUUCUCUGUGGCUGUAAGGGUCUUAGUUCUCCUUGCUGUCUUGAUUUGGUGUUGUGCUGAGAACAUCAGUGUGGAAAUAGCAUUGCUCUGCUGUUGGGGUGAUCCUCUCUAUUAUCUACAUGUUUAUUGUUGAAAUAUUUCCCAGGACAGGGUUGCUCUAUGACAAGCUAUGUAUAAAAGUAUAUAUAGCUUGACAUACUCGGUUUAUGACUGGCAUUCAGACAAAGGUGGUAGGAAAUCUGAACCAUUUGUAUGUUCUGCCUCUUGGGAAUCAGUAUCAUCAUGUAUACCAAUUUCAACUGGAAAUAAAAAUUAGGUCUAAGUCUC